GAGCCGGGAGUCAUUUGGAGGGUUUGGUCUUCAAAGUGGACGGUGGUUGGGUGUCCUGUUGAUUAGGAGGGGGGCAGGGAGACAAAUAACUGUGGGCUACUUAGGUGUUUGGUUUCUCCUAUCAGUGUGAGUGAAACCUGCUUUCAUGGAGGUCCUGGGACAGCCAGGGAAAGUCCCUCACGGAUACAAGGUCUCAUGUAUAAAAUGGGGUAGGAUUUAAAGAGAUCUUUUGCCCCAUACAGUGUUAUUGGCAAACCUGGGCGCACUGAGUGUCUGCCUGUCGCCUUCCCUUCUCCGUUUCUAAUCACUUUAAGUGGUUCUGCAGCUGGGCCUGGGAGAGCACAGGGCAAGCUUUUUCAGUAGUCGGCCUGUGGCCGCCACUGCGUGGCCUUGACGCCCGCUCGGCCCCGCCUGCUUUGGGUGGUGACGCGAUGGCCACGCCCCCGCACUGGCGUCACCGGCCCGGUUCCCUCUCUCGGGAGCGGCGGCGGACGCGGCUCCCACCCCCUCCCCUACCGGGUUCUCCCCUCCCCGGUGGCAGCCGCGGCUCGACCCUCGGUAAGCCGAUGGCCCGGGGCCCGAGCGCAGGCUAGCGUGCCUGAGUGCCUGGCCAUGGGCUGUGUUGGCUCUCGGAGCCCGGCGGUUCAGGCGUCAGAUGGACUCGGGCCUCACUUUGGGCACCUGUGAGCAGCUGAUUACCUCUCACAACUCUUUUAGUUUCCUUCCCCCACUCUCAACAACAAAACAUCACCCUACCCUGUGGAGGGAAACAGGAGCCCAGAGAGAGGCAGGCCAUCGGGUCUUCUUUCCUACAACUGCUGACCCUUGCUUGGGCCUUGGUUCCCAUGGAUGGUGCAUGCUGGGGCCUGGUUUUAGUCCUGUGCAUCUGAGGUUGGCCAGCCUACUUUACUCCAGUGUCAUGGAUUUCUCCAAGCCUAAGGCCAGCAUUUCUGGGGACCACCAGCAGGCUGAGGCUCAGGAAGAGAGACGGCUGCUCCAGCUAAAGCCAGCAUGCCUAUGAUUUCUGUGCUGGGAAAAAUGUUCCUGUGGCAGCGUGAAGGGCCUGGAGGACGAUGGACUUGUCAGACAAGUCGCAGAGUGGCCUCGGACCCCGCGUGGGCUGUGGAGUGGAUCGAACUUCCUCGGGGCCUCUCUCUGUCUUCCUUGGGAUCCGCUAGGACCCUCCGAGGCUGGAGCCGGUCCUCUCGCCCUUCCUCCGUGGACAGCCAGGACUUGCCAGAGGGCCGCAGCUGCGCGGAGUGCUGGCACGGAUGGCGGCGGCCAGGGGGAGUGAGGGGAGGGAGGGAGAGCGAGCCAGGAAACACCCAGCAGGUGCUCCUCCUUCCACACCCGGCAAGAGGCUACUGGCGCCACCCUGGGGGCCCUGUCAACCAGGUGAAUGUUGGAGACACAGUCGCGAUGCUGCCCAAGUCCCGGAGAGCCCUAACUAUCCAGGAGAUUGCUGCACUGGCCAGAUCAUCCCUGCAUGGUAUUUCCCAGGUGGUGAAGGACCACGUGACCAAGCCUACUGCCAUGGCCCAGGGUCGUGUGGCUCACCUCAUUGAAUGGAAGGGCUGGAGCAAGCCAAGUGACUCGCCUGCUGCCUUGGAAUCGGCGUUUUCCUCCUAUUCGGAUCUCAGUGAGGGUGAACAAGAGGCUCGCUUUGCAGCAGGAGUGGCUGAGCAAUUUGCCAUUGCAGAAGCCAAGCUCCGGGCGUGGUCAUCAGUGGAUGGUGAGGACUCUACUGAUGAAUCCUAUGAUGAGGACUUUGUUGGGGGAACUGACUCAGACAUGGCUGGGCAGCUGCCCCUGGGACCCCACCUUCAGGACCUCUUCAGUGGUCACAGAUUUUCUCGGCCUUUGCGCCAGGGCUCUGUGGAGCCCGAGAGCGACUGCUCGCAGACCGUGUCCCCGGACACCCUGUGCUCCAGUCUGUGCAGCCUGGAGGAUGGGCUGCUGGGCUCCCCGGCCCGCCUGGCCUCCCAGCUGCUGGGCGAAGAGCUGCUCCUUGCCAAACUGCCCCCCAGCCGGGAAAGUGCCUUCCGCAGCCUGGGCCCACUGGAGGCCCAGGACUCGCUCUACAACUCGCCCCUCACAGAGUCCCGCCUUUCCGCCGCCGAGGAGGAGCCAGCGCCCUGCGAGGACUGCCAGCCACUCUGCCCACCACCAGUGGGCAGCUGGGAACAGCAGCAGCAAGCCUCUGCCGUGGCUUCUUCUGGGGUGGUGUCCUUAGACGAGGAUGAGGCAGAACCAGAGGAACAGUGACACAAAUCAUGCCCGGUGGUGGCAUGUGUCCCUUGGCUGCUGCUGGGGGCAGAGCCUCCGUGCCCACGUGUGGGCUUGAGGCUUCCAGCAGAGCUCCAAAGCCUAGAGGGCUCCUUGGAGCACUCACUCCUCAUUGUGUGUUUUGCAUGAAAGUGUCUAGAGAGGAGGCAGGGACCAGGCUGGGGGCGCAUGUCCAGCCCCCACUCCUGGGGUUUGCCGGGGGUUGCCCGGGGCCCCUGGGGCAUGGCUACAGCUGUGGCAGAGUGAUGUCAUGUUCUUAAAUCAAAAAAUGCCACAUAUUUCCUCCUCUGAGGGUGUGAACCCCUGAGGGGGCGGUUAUGACUGGGCUGUGUGGGGCAGAGUGGGAGGGAGCCUGGACUCCCCCACUCCUCCCUCUGCCUCUCUCCUCUCUGCUUCUCUCCUCACCUCCAAGUCCACGUGCAGUGCUUGAUAGAAUCACCCCCACCCGGGGAGCCUACAGAUUGAGCCGUCCCCCAGGGCCCUUCUCCCAGCUGGGCUCGUGCUGUGCUUCACCUCUCCAUUGUCUCUAAAUCUUCUUUUUUCUAAAGAAAAAGAGGGGUUUGGUCUGUUCUUUCAGUCGGAUCUUCUCUGGGAGGCAUUGGAAUGAUGAAAGCCUGUACCCUCCACCCUUUUCCUGGCCACCCCAAAUGGGUCUGGGCCCUUUUCCAGUCCCUCGUUAGAUGUGUGGGAAGGGGCCCAGUGGUUCCCAGCCCACCAGGCUGCUGCGUUCAUCCAGUUCUCUUCAGGGUGCAGUUCCUGGAAGAGGGGAUGGCUCUGGUUGCUAAGAGCUGUGACUUCAGUGUUCUUCCAGGGAGGGCCACCAGGGGGCCACCAGGGUGGCCAGACAAUCGUCUGCUGAUGCCUGAGCAGGGCAGGAAUUGUGCCAACCGGUGACAGUCAUGAGGGAGUGCCUCUCCUUGGGGAGGAAAGAGGGUAGUGCCUUUCUUGGCUGAAGGAAGGGCCAAAGCGAGUGCUGGGGGCAGCCAGGGUGCUGACAGCCAAGCAGCGGAGGCCUCCGCAGAUCCUGCAUUCUAUUCUAAGGAAGGCAGGCGUUAUAGUUUUAUGGCCACAGGGUGUGCGGGGCUACGGAUUUCAGGCCUUGUAGGUUUUGGCAGGUAAGAGGGCCCAAUGGAAGAACAUGAGCUGAUGGGCACAGGCAUUCUAUACAUAAGUGGCUCAUUAGAUGUUUAUUUGGUUCUAUUUGAGAAUUUGUUUUAUUAAAUUAAUAUAAAAAUCUU